AUGUGUGAAGGGCCAUCCAGGAUUUCUGGACCCAUUCCUCCAGACCCUAAGCUCUUCCAAAACUAUUACAAGCGCCCCUUCUCAGCUCGAGGGAGGCUGGAAGGGAAUGCUCAGAAACUGGAUUUUACCUCUGACCCCCUGGACCGAGUUCCCAACCCAUCCCUGGCUUUGGGCAGUGCCCGCCAGGUCCAGCCAGCCCCUCGCAUUCGCCCCAGUGGAAAGGACUUCCUGGAGAAGGGACAGAAGGGGAUGCUAGGUCUCUUACUGCAGCUCGAAGGGAUCUCCCUGGACGGGAGGCUGCCCGUCAGGAGUAAGUACCACUGAGACCACGAGAAGGAAAAUGUGAGGCGAAUAAAGGAGAUUCAGAAGAAGUGCAAAGAGAAGGAGCGAGCCCAAGAGCACAGCCAGCCCAAGCCUGUGAAAGCUCUCUGGAAAUCCCAGAAGUAUGAAAACGUGGAGUCAAAGGUGAAGGCCAAACUGCAGGAGGGCUCCCCACCUCCAAAUCCAGCGGCUCUGAAAUUCCUGAGGGCGUAUUCUCGCUGUGGCCCUGGCAUCAAGCCGUGCAGGCCGCCCUCCCCAAGGCCUGCCAGAACGGGAGCAGGGACAGACACAGAGGCUGCAGAGGGACUGGGCGCUGAAGUCAAGAUGCAGGUGGAGGGCAGAGGCAUUGACUUCAUCAAGCACAACGCCCGCAAUGCCAAGCGGGCCCCGCUGCGGCGCUCCCAGUCCCUGCAGGCGCUGGACGAGCUGCUGGAGCAGAAGCACCGGGAGCAGGAAGAGUACAACGCCAAGCAAAAGGGUCAUGUCCCCCAGUACCUGCUGGAGAGGAAGGAGCUGUGGCGCAGACAGAGGGAGGAGCGGCUGCGCAACCUGCCGGAUCCCGACACGCCGCCUGGUCAUACCAUGAUGCCAGAGGGGGAGCGGCUGGAGACCCUCAGCAAGCUGGAGCAGAGUCAGGAGCAGCUGAUAAAGGAGCUGGUGAUGCUGCCGGUGCGCGCGGACACCCUCAGCGUGCAGAACAGGCGGGUCGAGCUGGAGAGGAAGCUCUCCCAGAUAGAGGAGGCCAUCCGAAUUUUCUCGAGGCCCAAAGUCUUCAUCAAGGAGAAGAUGGACUCCUGA